AUGGGUGGUCAGUUGGGCUAUGGCGAGCUCAUUCGCAAGCAGUUUACUGCGCCAAAGCUCUUAUACCACUUUCUCUUCUGGUCAUUCCAAUGGGGCAUCUUUGCAUACGGAUGGUACAAGCAAGCCGCAGAUUCGCGACUUGCAGGCCUCAACACUCUCAAAUUCUCCGUCUGGAUCUCGCGUGGUGCCGGCCUCAUCCUAUCCGUCGACACCAUGCUGAUCCUCUUGCCCGUCUGCCGCACCCUCAUGCGCUGGAUACGCCCCAAGCUUCGCUUUCUGCCCCUCGACGAGAAUCUCUGGAUGCACCGCCAGCUUGCCUACGCCAUCCUCAUUUUCACCGUCUUCCACGUUGGCGCCCACUAUGUUAACUUUUACAAUGUCGAGCAGACCCAGAUUCGCCCCGUCAGCGCCCUUCAGAUUCACUACGCCCAGCCUGGCGGCAUCACCGGCCACGUCAUGCUGCUAUGCAUGCUGCUCAUGUACACAACAGCCCACGCGCGUAUCCGCCAGCAGUCGUUUGAGGCCUUUUGGUACACGCAUCACCUCUUCAUCCCCUUCUUCUUGGCCCUCUACACCCAUACUGUCGGCUGCUUCGUCCGCGACACGCCUGAGGCCUUUUCGCCCUUUGCCGGAGAUCCCUACUGGGCGCACUGCAUCGGCUACCUCGGCUGGCGGUGGGAGCUGUGGACGGGCGGCCUUUAUCUCCUCGAGCGCCUCUAUCGCGAGGUUCGCGCCCGCCGCCAGACGUCCAUCACGCGAGUCGUCCGCCACCCCUACGAUGUCGUCGAGAUCCAAUUCAACAAGCCGUCCUUCAAGUACAAGGCCGGCCAGUGGCUCUUCCUCCAGGUGCCCUCCGUUUCGCGCUACCAGUGGCAUCCCUUUACCAUCACGUCGUGCCCCUUUGACCCCUACGUCUCCGUGCACGUCCGCCAGGUGGGCGACUUCACCCGCGCCCUCGGUGAUGCGACUGGCGCCGGCGGAGCCCAGGCCAAGCUCUACGACGGAUUCGACCCCAUGGGCAUGUACGAGGUGGCCCUACAGAACGGCGAGCAGAUGCCCGCACUGCGUAUCGACGGGCCCUACGGCGCUCCGGCUGAGGAUGUCUUUGAGAACGAAAUCGCCGUCCUCAUCGGCACCGGUAUCGGCGUCACUCCUUGGGCCUCGAUCCUCAAGAACAUCUGGCACCUGCGCAACUCGCCCAACCCCCCGACCCGCCUGCGCCGCGUCGAGUUCAUCUGGGUCGCCAAGGACACGGGCUCCUUUGAGUGGUUCCAAACGCUGCUUUCCUCGCUCGAGGACCAGUCCAAGGAGGCCGCGCGCCUGCCCGGCUCCUCGGGCGUCGAGUUCCUCAAGAUCCACACGUACCUGACCCAGAAGCUCGACAUGGACACGACGCAGAACAUCGUGCUCAAUAGCGUCGGUGCCGAGAUGGACCCCCUGACGGAGCUGCAAUCGCGCACACAGUUCGGCCGCCCCGACUUCAAGCGCCUCUUUACGACGAUGCGCAACGGCAUUCUCGACAGGACGUACCUCAACGGGCUCGAGGGGAGCAUGCGGACGACUGUCGGUGUUUACUUUUGCGGUCCCUCAACAGCUGCUCGCGACAUCAAGCUGGCGUGCAAGUCGGCUACGGCGCCCGAAGUCAGGUUUCGUUUCUGGAAGGAGCACUUUUAA